ACCCCACCCCCGUAGUCCGUCACUCCCUCAGGCGCGCCGCGGGCAGUCCUCUGGGGUCCUCGCAGCGAGCCAAGAUGGCUGCGCCCGCGCUGCAGGCUGCUCGACGGUGGUCGGGGCUGGGUCUGGGGGUGAGGCUUGCUGUCUGCCACCUUCCAGGGAUAACACAGGUGAGGGGUAGCCGCUAUGCCCCCGAAUUCAGGGACCCCCUGACUGACAAGGAAUAUUACCGCAAGCCCGUGGCGGAACUCACCGAAGACGAGAAGUAUGACCAGGAGCUCAAGAAAACGCAGCUCAUCAAAGCCGCGGCAGCGACGGAAACAAGCUCGGUGUUUGCAGACCCUGCCAUCAGCAAAUUUACCAACAUGAUGAUGAAAGGAGGCAACAAGACGCUGGCCAGAUCCCUCAUGGCGCAGACCCUGGAAGCCGUGAAGAGGAAGCAGUUUGAGAAGUACCGAGUAGCCACUGCGGAGGAGCAGGCCACCAUUGAACGCAACCCCUACAGGGUCUUCCACCAGGCCCUGAAAAACUGUGAGCCUGUGAUCGGGUUGGUGCCCAUCCUCAAAGGGGGCCAUUUCUACCAGGUCCCUGUACCUCUCUCGGACCGACGGCGCCGCUUCCUGGCUAUGAAGUGGAUGAUCACAGAGUGCCGAGAGAAUAAGCCCCGGCGGACGCUGAUGCCCGAGAAACUGUCCAAUGAGCUGCUGGAGGCUUUUCAUAACAGGGGCCCCGUCAUCAAGAGGAAGCACAACAUGCACAAGAUGGCGGAGGCCAACCGCGCGCUGGCCCACUACCGCUGGUGGUAGCAGGCACAGACGGAAAAGUCCAGGACUCCCACAAGAAACCAGAGGGGCUGAGAGACGGCUCACAGGUUAAGAGCACUGGCUGCUCUUCCUGGCUCGAUUCCCAGCACCCACACGGAGGCUCACUACCUUCUGUAACUCUGGUCUCAGAUAAUUUGACACCUUCUGACUGCUGUGGGCACCAGGCAUGCCUAGCACUCAGACGUACAUGCAGGGAAACAUCUACACAUAUACUAAUAAAGUGAUUUUAUAAAGAAA